AUGAGUGAUAGUGGUUGGUGUACAAUUGAAAGUGAUCCCGGUGUAUUCACAGAACUCAUCGAGAAAAUCGGUGUAAAAGAUGUGCAGGUAGAAGAACUCUACAUGUUAGAACCUUCAGAAUUCAAUAAAAUAAAACCAAUAUAUGGAUUAAUCUUUUUAUUUAAAUGGCAAUCGACAACAGAAGACCGAACACCAGCAGAGAAUGAGAAUCUAUUCUUUGCCAAUCAAGUGAUCAACAAUGCAUGUGCUACUCAAGCGAUUCUCUCGAUUCUACUCAAUAGUCCUGAUAUUGAUAUCGGUGAUGAUCUUAAUAAUUUAAAACAAUUCACUGCUGGUUUCCCACCAAUGAUGAAAGGAGAAGCUAUUGGUGAAUUAAAUAUUCUUAGAGAUACACAUAAUAGUUUUGCAAGACCUGAACCAUUUAUAUUUGGAUCUAAACCAGCUAAAAAAGAUGACGAUGUAUUCCAUUUCAUUAGUUAUAUUCCUUUUGAAGGAAAGAUUUACGAGUUGGAUGGUUUGAAAAAAGGUCCUUUCUGUUUGGGUGAAUGUACCGACGAUGAUUGGCUUGAGAAAGUAUCACCAAUCAUUCAACAAAGAAUCGAAAAAUACAGUCAAACAGAGAUUAGAUUCAAUUUAAUGGCAGUGAUAAAGAAUCGUCAGACAAUCUACCGUGAACAACUAGCACAUUUCGAGAAGAAGAAGAAAGCUAUACUUUUGAGUCUCUCCAAUAUCGAUACCUCUGUAGAGUCGCAGAUGGAUAUCGAUAAGCCAGCUGCUGCUGGUGGUGCCGGUGCUGACCAAGAAGACUUCCAAUUGCCGACCGACAAAGAUCAAAUUACUGGUUGGACCAUUUCCACCAUAGAUCAAAUAGAUCUUCUGACCAGCAACAUCGGGGUUGUAGGUGACUACAAGGACCAUCGAGGUGUUUACGGUCUCAAAGUUGCAGGGGGGGAUCCAAGUGUAUUGGAACCAACCACUGUUGAUGGCGGUGACAAGGGAUAA